AUGUGCAUCAUUUUGGUAUAUGUGGAUGAUCUUUUGAUGAGUGGGGAUGAUGAGACAAGCAUUGCAGAGAUGAAAAAAGUUCUAGAUGAUUGCUUCACCAUCAAAGAUCUUGGGCAUCUCAGGUACUUUCUAGGAAUUGAAGUGGCUAGAAAUGGAAAAGGAACCAUGAUAAACCAAAGAAAAUAUGCCUUGGAUAUUGUAAAAGAUGCAGGGUUUGAUCAUUGUACCCCUGCAACUUUUCCUUUUCCAAAAGGUGUGAAGCUUUCCACUGACAUAGGGGAGGUCUUGGAAGACCCUGAAGUGAAACCCCAUAUGCAAGCUGCUCUUCAUGUUGUGAAAUAUCUCAAAGGGACAACUGACAUGGGACUUUUUUAUUCUUCUACUGCUGAACACCAAAUAUAUGGUUAUAGUGAUGCUGACUGGGGUACUUGCAUGCAUACUGGUAGGUCGCUUACUGGUUACUGUGUGUUCCUGGGCUCAUCCCUUGUAUCAUGGAAAACUAAGAAGCAAAAGGUGGUGUCCAAGUCCUCUUGUGAGGUCGAGCUUCGAAGUAUGUCACAGACAACCAGUGAGUUGGCUUGGGUUACAGGCCUCCUUGAAGAUCUACAUCUGCACAUUCCUCAACCCAUUCCUCUUUUUUGUGAUAACAAGUCUGCUGAAUACAUAGCUCACAAUUUAGCUUUUCACGAUCGAACCAAACAUCUCAAGUUGGAUUGCUACUAUAUUAGGGAAAACAUCACAAGGUUUUAUCACUACAUCUCAUGUAAAAAGUACAUUGCAGCUGGCUGA